CGAAUCUAUCACAGGCUCAAAGGAGGUGUUGUCGGAUCCGCAGAUCAUGACUUCACCGGACAUUGGCAACGACGGGAGCAUGUUUGGGGGUGGAAAUGUUGCUCAGCUCUUCGAGGACUUCCCCAAAAAGCACCAGUGCUCGGCAUAUUGUCAAUUCUUUGGAUUGAAGCUGUUACCGUGAUGUAUUCCACUCAAGUCAUACCUGUCAUAGGCCUCUCAUACAAUCUCUGUUCCCGUCAUCAUAUCGCUGUUGUCAAUCACGUGCACCAAAAAAUUGUAUGGA